AAAGAACGAGUCAAGACAGUGAGUUACCAGGUUGUGAGAGCGUGUGGGUCCGUUCCACGUUCUCUGACUCAGUCUUCUUCUUCUUCUCUUCUUCUUCCUCUUCCCACCCAAAUUUCACCAUCUAAUUCCCUCUACCACAUCACAACAUGCCUUCCACCCUCUUCUCUUUCCUCUUCCUCCUUCUCCUUCCUUUCCCCAGCCUCUCCCACCUCUUCUCUCCCCCUGACAACUACCUCAUCAACUGCGGUUCUGCCGCUCCCUCCACCCUCGUCGACCACCGCCCCUUCGCUGGCGAUCUUGUCGACCACCGCUCUCCCUUCCCCCGUGCCGUUUCACUCCGAAACUAUAACCCCCUACCCGACUUACUCCCAAUCUACCACACCGCUAGGGUUUUCACUAGCCCCGCCAGGUACUCCUUCCCCGUCACCGACAAAGGCACCCACAUCGUGCGCCUCCACUUCCACCCCUUCAACUCCUCCAACAUAGAUCUGGGUCGAGCUCAAUUUCAUGUCUUGGUCAACGGCCGUGUCGUUUUGAGCAACUUUACCCGUUUGGCCAGUGGUUCAAGAAACCCUAGAAUCGUGGAGUAUCUAAUAUGGGUCGAUGCGGAUAGCCUCGUGGUCGUGUUUGUUCCCAAUAAAGAUUCGAAAUUGGCGUUUGUGAACGCCAUUGAGGUGAUUUCUGCUCCCAAGGACCUUGUCCCUGAAACGGCACAGUAUUUGAGCCCAUCAAAAGUAGAGAAAUUUGAGGGUUUAAACAAACAGUCUCUUGAGGUUGUGUACAGGGUCACUGUUGGGGGUGUUAAAGUUACCCCUUUUAACGAUUCCCUUUGGAGAACUUGGAUUCCUGAUGAUGGGUUUUUCAAGACAAGUGUUGGGUCUGAGAAGUAUUACUUUGGUGGUAGGAUCAAGUACCGUGUUGGUGGGGCUAGUCGUGAGGUUGGGCCUGAUAAUGUCUAUAACAGUGCUAGGUUGAUCAGGAGUAGGAAUGAUUCUGUUCCUAGUGUUAAUAUGACUUGGGUGUUUCCUGUUGUUGGAGGGUACAAGUACUUGGUUCGGUUGCAUUUCUGUGAUAUUGCUAGCAUUUCGCUCGGUUUGCUUUAUUUCAAUGUGUAUGUGAAUGGGCAUGUGGCUUAUGAAGAUUUGGAUCUCUCCUAUAUGACAAACUCGCUGGCUUCACCGUUUUACGCUGACUUUGUGGUUGAUGGAGGAGAGGGAGCUUUGAGUGUUGGUGUAGGUCCCUCGCAGAGAAGCAUGGCGUAUGUGGUUGAUGGUAUACUGAAUGCAGUUGAGGUCAUGAAAUUGAACAAUUCUUUCAGUAGUCUUGAUGGAGAGGUUUGUGCUGAUUUUGUUAUGAAGAGCUGGUCGACGGGGAAUAAUACAGGUAUGUUGUUUACUCUGGUGGCUGCUGUUUGCAUUGUGUUGAGCUUGUCCAUAGUGAUUCGUAGGAAGUUGCUUGGAUCAAGGGAAUCUGUGUCGUGGUCAAGGUUGGCUUCGAAUUCAUCAGAUUAUAGUGUUAAGAAUUAGUUAUAUCAGAAGAUAAGAUGAAAAAAUUGGCAAUAUUUAGUCAGAAAGUGAACAAGUUAUGUGUAAAAUUUGUCGGCAAAUCUAGCCAUAAUAGGUAGCUUUCUCGAGAAAAGAAUGAUUGUAAGUCUGACUUAUACAGAGUUUUUAGAGGUUGUUGUAUUGUAUCUGUGUUGCCUUAAUUGUUUAUAUCAUAAUAUGAAGGCAUUCCUUUUGCCA